GGAGGGGGGGAGGAGGGGGAGCCAUUUUCCAUCGCUCGUGCUCUUCACUCUGACUUUGGGGAAGUGGCGAGCACGCGUGGAAACAGCGAGAUGAAGAAGGCCACGCAGUGCCGCUCCGUCAUCGGCCGAUGAAGAUGUCCCAACUCUUCCUGGCAGAAGACGGCAACCCGGCCACUUUCUCAUACGAGAAGCUGAGCUCGGGCGCGGCCACACGGGUGGAUGAGGCGCAGCUCCUGAGCGCGGCCACCGGGGGCGCCGAGGUAUCCUGCCACCGCUGCGCGGCGCCCUUCGGCGCAGUGGCGCUGAUCGCCGGCGCGGCGGUGACGGCCGUGGCCUACGCGUUCAACUCGCAUGGCUCCAUCAUCUCCGUCCUGGGGCUGGCGCUGCUGGGGGCCGGACUGGGCUCGCUGGGGGCCGGAGUCGCCUGCCGGAGGCUCGGGAUGCGCGGCAAGGGGGACCGCGGUAGGAGGGAAAGCCAGGCCGACCUCGUGAUUGGGCAGUGAGAUUAAAGCGCCCGUCAGGUGCUGGGCAACUUGAAGUCCUCCGGCAUUUGAUGGCGGCGCACGCGCUCCUCAAGGGCCCUUCCUCAACACCCUUACGAAGAACUUGGAUCGUCUGCAAAUAGAAUGGCCUGCUCAUUCUCUCGUAGGUACAUCAGAACUAUUGCUUUAAUGUGUGUGUGUGUUCUGGUCUUUUGGAGACAAACUUGAUCUUUGGCCACCAUAUUUUUUUAUAUAAACAUGCACAAAUGCCAGCCAAAUAUAGCUUUCCUGCGGGUGGAUUUUUAUUAUUCAUAAUAAUAAAAAUACUGGAGUGUA